UUUCAGAUAGAUUUGCAUGAAAACUUCAGGUGAAAUUGUUUUUGUAUUUCAGGAAGUAUUUCCAGUCGAAUAUGGCCCUGACUUUGAUAAAGCGCUUCAAGUCCUUGUUGGCUUUUUCCUCUCCAGAUUGGAGCAACUUCUGCCUGUACCAAACUUCAAACAGCUUUCACUGUUGCUCAGCUGUCUCCCUGGGGAACUAGAUGCAUGUGUGGACUCUGUUUGUAAAUCACACAAUUUGCUAUCCUUACUACAAACAGAUGUUUGUGGGACUUUGGAAAAAAAUGUUCUUCCAUCAAUAGUUGAGGAUCGAAUGGUUUCAUCAUUGUCACUGCCGCCUGUCGGUGACUCACUCAUUUUAAACCAGCACAAUGAGGAUGGAAAGUUACUGCCACUUGAUUCUAAAAAUCUGCCAAACCAACCACAUGUUGUGAACAAGGAGACUGUGACAAGUGAUCCAAAUGUCCAUAAUGUGGGACCCAGCUCCAGCUGUGAAUCAUCAGAGUUCUCCAGAGACAGUGAUGGAGAAAAGUUAACAAACUCAAAUGCUGAUGAAUUGCAAUGCAUUAACUCAGAAGAGCCAAGCGUGCCGUCAUCCACCAAUGAUAGUCAUAGAGGUGAUUUAAUCUUUCAGACCGCUGCGCCACAGCGGCCUGCUGUCGACAACUUCCCAAACACACCUUCUAAAGGUUUCCACUAUGCAGGCAGGACUGUACACAAAUGUCAGCAGUGCACAAAAUACUUCAUCUAUCGCUCUGAUCUUGUCAAACACCAGGAAAUGCACACCCAGGCGGGGACACAUGAGUGUCUUCAGUGUGGCCAAGUUUUUGACGAUUUGACGCAGCUGGCGGCGCACAAGAGCACCAGCUGCAAUACCAGAGUUUUUAAGUGCAUCAAAUGCACCGCCCACUUUAGAUCCCUCAGGACCCUAUACAGACAUAACAGGGUGCACAAAGAGAAAACAACACACAAAUGCCCUGAAUGUGGACGGCUGUUCACAAGUCUGUCACGAUUAGUCAGUCACCGGCGAUCUCACCGAACUCCCAGUGUUAAAAGGAACUAUACCUGUAAACAAUGCAACGAGACUUUCGGGUCGUACCGAGCCAGUUUAAUCCACCAGAAGACUCAUAAAGUUAAAGACGUCCACCAAUCUAAACCCGAACGGCAGCCAGGAAAGUGUCGUUUUUGUGAUUUGACAUUUAGCGUCGACAGUGAAUUAAGAAGCCACCUGAAGACGCACGCUGAGUUCAGGCCAUAUAUAUGCGACCAGUGUGGGAAGUGCUUUUCGGCAAACAGCAGCCUGCUUGCCCACCUGUCAAACCACACGGGCGAGAAACCUCUCCUUUGUUCGCAAUGCGGAAAGCGGUUUUACAGCAAAAUCCAAUUAAAAUCCCACAUGAGAUGUCAUUCUGGUGAGCGGCCACAUGUUUGUCCGUACUGCGAGAAGCAGUUUUCACUAUCUGGGAAUUUGAAAAUCCACAUCAGAAUUCACACUGGGGAGAAGCCAUACGUUUGUCAUCAGUGCGGAAAGGGUUUUGUCUCUGCCGGAUGCCUGCAGGUGCAUCUGCGUUCUCAUACGGGAGAGAAGCCGUAUCAGUGUAAAAUCUGCGGCAAGAAAUUUGUGGUUUCGAGUCACCUGACGGCUCACAUGUGCUUUCAUACCGGAGAGCGUCCACAUUGCUGCUUACAGUGUGGGAAACGAUUCAUCCGGCGCUAUGACUUGAGCAAGCACAUGUACACUCAUAUUGGAAAGAGGCCGUUCCCAUGUCCUCUGUGCCCAAAGGCUUACACGUGCCGUACACACUUGAACAGGCACAUGAAGAGCCAUAGUGUUUGACUUAAAUCAUUUUGUCAUUCUGAGUGCCUUGUGUGGAGUGAAAACAACUGAUCUUUAAAGUAAUGGUUUAAUCAAAAAUGUAAAUCCUGUGAUUAUUUACUCACCCUCAUGACAAAAUGUCCAUGUCCAAACCUGUUUACACUAUACAUUUUUAAAAGAAUCUUUCCACAAGCCUUUUACAAUUGACAGAUCAUAAUUGACCACAUCUUUUAAGCUCUAAAAAUGUCAAAACGUCUGAAGAGUAUCAUUAUAAUCCAUACAGUUUAUGCAUUAUAUCUAUAAAAUUAUAAGUCUUAAACCGAUGAUGACUUUCUGUAAUUAACAAAUUGAAAUUCAGGUUGUUUUUUCAGUGAUAAUAUUGCCCUUCUGAGCUGUUCAGUCAUUGACUUGAGAACUAAAUCAGUCUGAUUUGUAAACCAAAUCAUAUGAUUUAUUAAAAAUAAUUGUCUUUAAACAAAAAAGAAAAAGAAAACUGCUUACUAAAGGUGAUGUCAUCCUUUCAUUGGGGCCCAUCGACUUUCAUUGGGGCCUUCUGACAUUCUUCAAAAUAUCUUCUUAUGUGGUCAGCAGAAAAAGGCACUAUCCCUUUAAGUUCCAGUCUGUUAUCCACACAAAACUAAGACUUAAGAUAACUAGCAGACAUAAGAGUGAGUAAAUAAGUUGGGGUGAACUGUCCCUUUAAUUAAAACGUUACAACUCUGUUUCCUUCUAAUCUGAGGCUCUGCAGUUGGUUUAAGUCAUUUAUAGAACAGCUUCAACAUUUUCUUGCAUUACUAAUGUGUAAAACAGUUUCGUGCCAUGGAUUUUUUUCUGUAAGAAAUAUUGGUUUGGAGCCCACUGUUAGUUUUCUUUUAGAUUUAGUUCUUUCUUAAAUAUUUUAAGCUAGCAUCAUCCUCAGUAUACAACUAUUAAUGUAAUGUGCUGAUUAUUAUACCCUUAUAAUAAACUAAAUAAAUGUGUCGACAACUUAAAGUGGGAGUUAAAAUUCUCAUAA